AUGGGCUAUCACCUCUUGCACUCGGUGAACUUUCCACAAACUCACAGACUACCGAACCGUGUUCGCGGCAACCUCUCCAUCAUUGGCUUUUGGCGGCAGAUUGGAAACGAUACGAUGGAAAUGUAUGCUACUGGGGUUAUGGAUCCUGUUGCUUCUGACCUCAUCCGCAAGCUCGUGGUUCCGAACAUGGCCAACGUGUUGCUAUCGACUCUUAAGUACGUCUAUUGCGGACACAUGAAGAAGCUGUCGUUUAUGCUCGAGAAAGCAUAUGCGGACUCCAAGUUGCACGGCGCACCAAACAGGAAGAUCAUUUGUGUCACGUGCUCGUCACCGAUCUUUGGCCGAAAGCUGGGCAAUUUCGGCAAGAGCAACAGUACGUGCAAGCUUUGCUUUGGGUUUGUGUGUCACGCAUGCAAAGUCGUUCGUAAGCUGAGCUUUGUAGAUCCGGAUCUUCUUCUAUCGCAGCGCAGGGUGACUUUCUGUACGGCAUGCAUGAGCUUAGUCGCGAACUUUAGCUCCGUACACUGUGCUCGUGCGCGGAUGCUCAAGCACCGAACGGUAAACCGCUCAAGUGCGGAUCAAACAUUGCCAUUUGCAGAUAGCAUUUGGGAAUAG